AUGUUGCUGGACUGGAAUUUAACCGGACCGAAACGGUUGAGCCAAAUGACGAUGGUGGCAGCAAUGGGAAGAAGUGGUCAGAAUGAACGGACACUCAUGAGAACUAAAAAACCAGUUGGCGACAAGCACUGUGUCGAUAAUCUAGAACGGCGGAAAACUGAGAAGACUGUUGCGAGACCUCAUUGGGAAGGAACAGUGUCCAAAAGAAUAGAAAGAACAAUGAAAUCGACCGCCUCUUCACUGGAAGAGAUUAAGGGAAGUCAUGUAAUGAGAUCGAUCGAGAAAUCAAAGGGGGAUUGGACAGUGGCGAGGAGAAUAAGUAGGUCGACAGGAUCGACCGUGGAUUUAAUAAGGCAGGUGAUGAAGUCAAAGUGUGUGAAAGGAUCAAUAGGUUUGACUGUAACUUCACAAAGACAGAUUAAAACAAAAGAUAUUAGGAGGUCAAUGGAAUCGAUUGUUACUCCACUAACGAAGAGCGUGACGAAAUCGAUGAGUUUGACUAUGCCUUCACUGGGACAGAUAAAAAAAAGAAAAUUAGGGAAAUCAAUGGGAUUUACUGUCACUUCACUGGGACAAGUGAAGGUAAGGAAAGUAGGGAGGUCGAGCGCCACUUCACUGGGAAAUACAAAGGCAAAGGGUGUGACAAAAUCUAUAGAUUCGACCCUGGCUUCAUCACUGAGGCAGAUAAAAGCGAAAAAAUUAAUGAAAUCGAUAAAAUCGACCACUAUUUCACUGAAAGAAAUGACGAGACAUGUGACGAUAUCGGUCGACAAAUCGCUAAGGGAGUGGAAGGCGGCAAAAAGAGUGACGAGAUCGAAUACGAGAUCGAAAACGACGGAUGACGAGGACUUCACUAAAAGUACGGGAUUCGCGCGAAAAAUGUUUACCAUGACCGAGAUCCAGGACCAGACAACGAUUGACAAUGGUUUGACGUUACCAUGUCGAAUAUUCGUUGGAAGCUCGAAGUUACGAUCAAAAUGCCCGUCGACCAAAAGGACCCUAGCUUCGACGACUCCGCAGUGGAACUGCGUGGCACUAGACUACGACGAGGAACACUACUGCCCGUCAAAAACCAGCAGAGUCGAACCCGUCACCCUAUCAUCUUGUGUUCCAUUCUCCGUCAAUAACCCGGUCACCAGGUUGUUUCUGAAAACGACCACUAUACUCCGUGACAGAAUGACCGAUAUAGCGGCAAAAUAG